AUGUCUUCAAGCCCCCAGACAAUCCUCUUCCUCGGAGCCACAGGCGGCUCUGGCUUCAGCUGCCUGCGCCGCAGCAUCGCAGCCGGCCACUCGUGUAUCGCCCUCUGCCGCACGCCCUCGCGCCUGACCGACAUGCUGCCCGAGUCACAGCGCCACGCCCCUAACUUGCGCAUCGAGCAGGGCAACGUCGUGGACCGUGAUACCCUCGCCAGGUGCCUGGUCCGCUCAGACCGCCCCGGCUCCCUCGUUGACGCCGUCGUCUACACCAUUGGCGGCAAGUUUUCCUUCUCCAAAAUGUCCAACGACGAGUUCCACGUCUGCGAGGACGGCAUGAAGGCUCUCGUCGGCGCCCUGCACGACGCCCGCUCUCUCGCCGCCGCCACCGGCAGCCCCUUCAUCGUCGCCAUGAGCACCACCGGCAUGUCCGCCCACGGCCGCGACUACCCCGCCUCGCUGUGGCCCAUCUACGGCCUGAUGCUGAAGCAGCCACACAAGGACAAGACCGCCAUGGAGGCACUGCUGGUCGGGAGCGGCGAGGCCUUCACCAUCGUGCGCGCGAGCCUGCUGACCAGCGCCGAUGAGAGCAACAAGCCCAUCCGCGUCGGCGUCGAGGACCCCAAGGCCCACAAGCUCGAGAGCAAGGAGGUCGGCUAUACCAUCUCGAGGGAGGAUGUUGGCAAGUGGAUCUUCGACAGUGUGCUUGCCAGCGACAGCGCCAGGUGGAAGGACAAGGUCGUGUCUAUUACCUACUGA